UCCUCGCACGGCGCGUCGCCGCCGACUGAUUCCAUGAUGAUGAUGAUGAUGCUUCAAAUUCCUCCGCCAACCUUCGAAAACCUCAGUUGUGGUUCUCACUUUGGUCUUCUCUCUCUCUCUCUCUCUUGCUGCCACUUCAGAGUGCUCGUCGCGGAGUAUUAGUUCCCACAGUGUUGCGGUUGGCAGUGAUUUUAGGGACUCGUCUAGUCCAGGGUUGUGCGAUUUGCAGGCGUGGAGAGUUGGUGCUGUGUGCUUGAGAGCUGAUUACGUCGGGGAGCAUGACGAUCGGACACAGACGCUAUAGCUCGGUAGAUACGUUGGGAUGUAUGCUCGUGAACCGUGCCGACGAGCCUCCUGCUGCGGCGGACCGCUCCAUCUCCUCUCACGUGUCAGACACCGGAGUUGCUGAGCGGACAACAACCAACCGCCUGCAGCGAUCCAGGUCCAGGUCACUGUCCACAUCCUUCCUAGGAAAUUUGAAUCUCGGAAGCAGGAGGUUUACGGGUAAAAAUGAAGAGGAUUCAUCAUGCAACCUGGAGACUCAAUCACCGAAGCUUAACUACAAAUCGGCGACGGAGAAGAAUCGGGUGGUGCAACCCGGUAGUCGACGGGUAAUAGAAGACAAACAGGACCAUUCUGCGAAGCCUGCAGCAUGGAAGCAGGCUCUGAGGAAGUUUAGAGCUGAGGCUAAGCGCCGCGUGCAUCCGGGGCGAUCGCAUGAAAUCUUAACAAACUACGACGCUGAGAGUUAUGAGAAAAACUUUUACGACAGCGAGAAAGGGUCUCUCUGCACAAUGGUUAACGAUUACGACGAGCUCGGGGUGGGGGUGGGGGCUACAGUGCUUCACUCAUAUCCUCUCACGAGGUUGCAUCUCCACAGGCUUGAGGAUUCGUCCGGGCACCACGCUCCUGCUAAUCUCUCAAGGACCACGUCUCUGCCGGCUGCGCCUGCGAAUUCAGCCCCGAAGCCGAGAGAUGAUGGUUUACCCAUUUGGCAGCGGCGAAACAUUUCUCGCCCGCUCGCGAAUCUGCGAUUCGCGAAAUCAGUUUGAAGUGUUGUUGCGCUUAGCGACGGAAAUCCUUCAGCCGCUCGGAAGUAUGUCCAAAUGUAGGGUUUACUCCCUAAACUUUACAAAAAUGAUCAAAACUAUUCAGAAAUAUUUGUUAAAUAAAUCCAUUGACUGAUUCCAUUUUUUACGGCAGCGCGUAAUAAAACGGAUUCCCCGGCAGUAAAUAUUCUGGAUGAUGAAAGCGGGACCCAGAUUACAGAUGCAAAUCCCAAGAAAGUGUACAUAAGAGACAGCUUAUGGAAAAAAGUAGGUUUAGGGUUUAGGAUUUAGGGUUUGAGGAAGGAAGAGAUUGUGACCCACAAACGGUGACUGCAGUUUGAGUUUUUGCCAACCUUCAAAGGAAAAUAGAUUCAUGCUGUAGUUACCCAGUUCAUGUGAUGCUUGCGGCUUCAUGUACCACAGAAACAACACGUUGUGUUGAUAAAUUAAAACAUUUUGUUUGAAAGAAUCGUAUGCUGCAGUAUUAAUCGAUGAAGCUUGCAUUAAUUUGCUCAA